UUUAGAACGCAGCAGCUGACAGCAGCUGAUGCGUAAAGAUGGCCGGUACAACGACAAACGACACGAGCGGAUAAGCUCGUUUCAUGUCGCAUCACCGAGUCAUCUGGAGUCAUCUGGAGUCGUCUAGCGUCGCUAGCAAUCUCUGAUCUCGCCCAAGCCGGCGCCGGCUCGACAAUGUCGGGACGUUCGUUUCGCAUCGUUCGGAGGAGCAUCGGAAAAGGGACGAGAUGAGCCUGGUAGUGGAGACAACGACGGCGGCGGCGAUUACUUUUUCUACAAUGAUACUGGCCUUGCCGCGACACUGCAGAUGUUGCAGAUGUUGCAGAUAUUGCAGAUACUGCAGAUACUGCUGUAGACACCACAGACGUCGUACGCACCGUCGCGAUUGAGUGCAGUCGACACCUUCUCCGAGACCGAGUUCAGUGGCGGUACAAUGGCUUACGACUCGCGCAACGUAGCCAAGUACGCACCAAACGCUCCGCAGCGGCCCACUGGAUACGCUUACUCCGGCCCUCCGUCGCAGCAUUUCCAACAAACCGACGAAAAUCGGAACGAGAGCAAUCUACGUGGCAGCAAAGAGCUCUGUCCGCAACAGUCGUCCGGCACGCAGACCGUGCAAAAAGUGGAUGCCGCGACCAUGACGGACCCUCUGCAAAUUGAUUUUAGGCUCACCUCCGAAUACCUGGCGCGUUGCUCCAGUACGUUAGGUUUACCGUACGUCGCCAAGUAUGAGGAUUGCGGCAGCAAUUCCACGACCAUGUGUCCAGAAGUCAGGCCAAAACUUGAAUUUGAAAUCGAGCCACAGCACAUUAAUGGUAUCUUGGUUUACCAUUGCCCCGAGUGCGCGUACAGAUUUGACGAUCGGGAGACGCUUCACGAACAUCUAGAGGAUCAUAAGCAAAGACCGCACAUCUGUGAUAUUUGUGGGGCGAGCUUGAAGCGGAAGGAACAUUUGGAUCGUCACAAGCAAGGCCACAACAAGGACAGACCGUAUCAGUGUAACAUGUGUUGUAAGGCGUUCAAACGUAACGAACACUUGGCGCGCCACAUGAUCACUCACUCGGGUAGCAAAAAUCAAAUCUGUACCGAGUGUGGUAAAGCUUUCUACAGAAAAGACCAUUUGAAGAAACAUUUGCAAAGUCACAACGGUGCUCGAGGCAAACAUUCGAGUAUUUCGCUAAGCAACCCCAACGAUCAGCAGCCGAGCGACCAAGGACUGACAAUGAGUAGUUUCGCUAUGAUGAUGAGGCAGUCUGGGCCUCCUCCACUUUCAAUUCUACGUACAUAGUUAUUACGCCUAUACUAUAAUUACCUGCAUCCAUUCUUAUAUCCUUGUCUAUCAAGCAGAAAAACUUUACUUUUACCUAUUCUUAGUGAUUUCUCAUUUCCCUCUAUUACCUGUAAUGAGCUUUCUGCGAAACAUACCUAUUGGCAAAAUGUGGGCAUCCAAGAUAACUUCUUGUUAAUAUAACCCACGUUCCUAACCAAGUAUAUCUUAUUGCUACAUAUUUUGUCAACAGGUAGACAAGAUUAUGAUAAUGUUAUCCAUUUUCUAAUAUCCUUUAUAAUACACUAUACGUGUAGCAAGUUGUCUAUAUCGUGAGAAUGUACCUGUUGGGAGGGAAGGGAUUUUUCUUUAAGCUUCAACAAGUCGACAUCAAAAUUCAUUUCGCCCUUUACUCUUGAAAGAAAUGCCCUUCUUUUCGGAGAAACUUUGAGAGAAAAAACAAGUAUCAUCAGUUUCGCUUCCACCAAGCUACUACACUCUUAUAAACAGAAUCGAGUUGGACAUUUUAUCCUUACUGCUGUUUCUUGCCAUUAUUUGCGUUCCCUCGAGAGAUCAAUUCGCAAACUAGACAUCAUCACACGAGACAAUAGAAAUCAAUCGAGAAACACGUUAAAUUCCUUCUGUCCCAAGCGGAGAAGACAGGAUGACGCCAAUACAAUUUGGUAGCAACGCAAUAAAGUGUCGUUUCUAAAAGUU